UUUGAGACAAUAAAGCAUGCAGUCUGCUUUUCCUUCUUGUGAGGAACGCUUCUGCAGACCGUUUUGUUCCCAAGUUUUACUUACGUACAUAGUUUUUGGAAAAGAAAUGUAGAAUUUUCAGAAUUUCAUAACAUUGGAACUGUAACAAGAUAUUUAUUUUUACAAUUUAAAAAGUGGUGUGGUUUCUUACAUAAAUUCAGAAAUUUAUUGUGCCCGGUUUGGACCGUUUUUUGGAUUCUGCACGGCUGAAUUCUUUCUUAUCCACAAGAAUACCAAGCAACACACUGGGACAAGCCAAGCAUGGAAUUUUUAGUGUGAUUAAAGCUCUACUCUGAGGAGGACAAUAAUGUAGAUUAACCCGUCCCGAGGAAGUCGAACACGCCGACAUACUAAAAUUUCCACAAUCCCGUUGUGACCCAUUGAUAAUUUUGUCUGAAACGUAAUAAAAACUGAUUUCUUAAACAAUCGGAAUUCAUAUCAGGACCAGACAUCAGUGAGUGAAUGAAAAAUCUGAAUUUAACGAGAAAGGAAAAUGAAGCAAAACCGGAAUUGAGAUUUAUGGGGCUCAUCCACAACUAGCAGAUCCUCCGAGGAAGGAAUCAAGAUUUGCAAGAAUUAGAAUCACCAACCACCAGAAGCAACACUUCAUACGAAAAAGUAGCAGCAGUGUGGACUAACAACUUGUAAUGGUUAUUGAUGUGCAUAGUGAAGCGUGCAAUUUGCCUUUGUUCAUACGCAUAAGCAAAGUCCUGUUCAAACUCAUGACGAUUUUCGCAUUACACAAUUUUCAUGCGUGAUUGGAUCGAAUAAUUUACCUUGUGUUGUCUCUACAUUUGUUUUUUGCAUCAGUCAAGAAGAAGAAGAGACCCGUUACUAUAAUUCCAUUCCAUGCAAUCUCCUUCUCCUUCUCUGACAGAUACAGAAAGAGGGUGGAUUUUGUCUCGAAUCUGAAUUUACUCUCGUUUUUAUCGUGACUCGAACAAGUGGUUUUGUUUCAUGCUUAGUAAAUGAAACAGUUAUCGCUAAUCAACAGUUUACUACUACUUCUUCUACGUAGGUACGUAAUGGCGUGAAUGAUCCAACAAACUUUUUGCUGAUUGUUAUAGCGUGCCCACCAGUACUUUAAGUUUUGGGAUGCAUAGCUGUACAUCUCGUGAAGAAAAAGGAAGUUUCUUUAUGUGAUUCUCUAAAAUAUUUGCAUUUCUUGUGAAAAAAGUGAAAAAGAACAAGCGUGUGCAUUUUUUGAGCAUAAAAGUGAUGUGAAUUCGACUCAAAACUGAUUGGAAAUUGACGUGAUUAUUGGCAGAAUCGAUUAUAAUUGCAAACCUAGCUGACAAAUUGACAGCAAGCCGUUAAAAUGCCACCUGAGAGAGAAGACGAUGGAUUCGAUGGGAAGCAGCAUAAAACUCCGACCCUGAGACCACCAUUAUACAACGCGGAGGAUUAUACGGCAGCUCUAAAACAAUUAUUUUCGCACCACCAUCACAGCAGUAAUAAUCAUGGCUUUCGACAUCAGCAACCUUCCAGUGGAUCCGUGCUUAUCGAGCAUUCUACAAAUGGCGCCCUGGCGGGAGCAGGUCUGGCGGAAAUGUCGUCACAACGCCAACCAGAAAUGGGGAUGAAAAAGUUUCUGAAUGGAAGUGAACUUUUAUUCAAGUUGGAGGCAGACUUGCGACAUGCAUACCCUUCGUUUGUCCAAGAAUUCGUCUCCGGGCAGUUCGAAGGCGUCGCUUGUCUCCUCGAAGCACUGAAAACGAUUCAAUCAGCCCUCGAGGAUGUGUCAGGAUUACGAGAACAGCGGAAAAUGUUCAGUGAUGAGCAGAAAUGUCUUCAAUGUGUAUCCCUGGCUUUGAGGAAUAUUGAAGCCGUGUCGAAACUGGCGUUGUAUCCUGGUGGACUUUAUCCCUUGGCUGCCACAAUGGUGUCCACCGUCACUGCGACAAGGAUUAUCGCGUUGGAGGUUUUGACCUGUGUCUGCUCAGAAGGUGGAGCAGAAGGACAUUACAAAGUAUGCGAAGCGCUAUCAACGCUGAGACUUCGAAUGGGGGAACCAAUUCGGUGCAAAUUUCUUGUUGGUGCGAUAUCUUCCGCCCCACCGGGUUUAUUUCAAGCGAAAGGGAUCAAAUUUUUGACAGCGUUCAUUUCAUCGGCACCAAGCCCAAAGCACAAGGUUCACAUCCAAUGUGAACUUGAAGAAGCCGGCUUCAAUUCAGGAGUUCUUCGGAAGGGUGCGGAACUGGGAGGAGCUCGAGAGUCACGAGAUGUUCACGUCGAAUUGGAUGAGUGGGAUCGUGUUAUAAUUGAUGUGGACACGUUGACUCGACAAAAUUCACAACUUCGGAAUAGUGUCGCAACUCUUCAGCAAGAACUUGCCACGUUGAAGGACAAACUUAAGAGAAUGGACGCUCCACAAAAGUCGGACGAUUCUCGUAAAAGAGGAAUUCGAGCAAAACGGACAGAAGAUGCAGUUAUUACGACCCCCGUCGACUCUGAAGAAGAGGCAGAACAGAUCCACCAGGUUUUACAAGAGUUGAACAACAUUGUCAACUCGGAGAUGCGUGUGCAGCAAAAAUCCGCAGGGACAAAGAAAGAACAGGAAAUUGUGCCAGUUCAUUUGGUAAAGUCUCCACCAAAGAAGAAAUUAUCAAGCUCGACGCCCGUCUUGCCGAGACCAUGGCCUGGUUCCUCCGCCAGCGACGAUGAUGAUUCCGACAUUGUAGAAAUGCUUGAGAAAGGAGGUCACGGUCAUCAUAACGAUUCCAAGAAACCAAACGUGCUACGAGUCGUGCAACAAUUAGAAAACAUGGAAAAAUCUUCGCCACCCAAACAUUUCAGGGAUAAGCACCAGAAAUUACAAAAUUUACCAAUCGCAAUGUCCAAAAGCAUCAGUCCUAUUAACGAACCCAGACCGGAUUAUUCGCUCCCAAAUUUUCACAAAGCUAACCACAUGGCGAGUAAAUUCGCAAAUUUCAAAUCAGCCAAACUCUACUCUUCCAGUCCCGAUAAUUCCGGGGAUUCUCGUUCCUCCAGCAAAAAUAAUGUUUCAAGUGGAUAUGCCGAAGUUUAUGAAAAAUCUACAAAUGGAAGUGCCAGUAGCGCUAGCAAAUACAAUAUUUCUCCCAGAUUUUCACCAAACUUGGACCUCCCACAUGAUAUCAAGAAACACAGUAGUGGCGGAUCCAAACAUCAUAAUCGAAGUUCUGGAGGGGGAGGAAUUUCUCCAGGUCUUCGUCGCUCCGAGUCCCUCAGUUUAGCCUCCAUCGAAGUUAUAGCCAGUAAAGAGCAUAAUAAGAAGAGUAACAAUUAUCAACAGGGAAGUCGACACGAGGGCAGAGGUUCCGCCGUACCUGCGGAUAAAUGGAAAAGCAUGGAAAGUCUGGAGGGUGGGAAAGGCAGGGAUGAAAAUUUUACUCUGAGGUGGAGAUACCCACACCCACAACUCCCACCCGGUAAAAAGUCUAAGGACCAAUCCUCCCCCACAACUCCAAGUCCUAAAUCUGGAAGUAAAACUGCCAAACUUGCCGCAAAAAAUUUGCUUGCGCAAAACGGGCACAAAAAUAAUAUUGGGGGUGGUGGCGAACUUUGCGCUGACUACAGACAAAAUCGAUUCACAAAGAAUAGCAGCAGCAAAAGUGGGAAUGGAGAAUCAGGACGGGCCGGAAGCAGUAGCAGUUCUCCAUUAAAUAUUUUUGCCCGUUAUACAAAGAAAUCAUCGCCGGAUAAGGACAAGGCUUUGAAUCAUCAGCAACCCGCAAGCUUCAUGAAUCACCACCACCACCACCAACAGGGUCAACCUCUUCCAGGAUUACCUGGACCAAGCCAUCAUCCACACAACGAUUUCAACCAUAAUAACAAUAAGGAGAAGGAAAAUAUGAAAAUGUUUUCGCUUCCUCCAAUCAUGAUGCCGCAUGCAAUGGAUAAUCAUCGACUUACCGAUUUGCCCUCUGGCCUUUACUAAUUAGAAAAAAUUUCGAUAGUUUAUCAAGCCAAAGAGAUUAAAUGUUUGGUUAAAUACGAUCCGUGUUAGAUAAGUAUACAAAAAUUUAAUCAUUUGAUAACCCAGUAGAUUUUGAGUAAUAAUUAUACUCCUCAUUGUAUGUACUUAUUUAAGGCAUGCAUUUAAAGCCUCUCCAAUUAAAUGAGAAGUACCCUCCAAAUAUUUCAGAAGUACCCUUCAUGGAUACCUGCCUCUUAAAGUUAUUUUUGAAUUAGGAUUUUGGUGGCAAACUACCUCUUAAAAUAAUGUACAUAUCUACAAGCCAUAAUUUCAGCAUUUUAUAUAUGUAAAAAGCGUAUCAUUUAUAUGCAAUUAAAGUUAAGGCUUCCAUAAAAGCAUGCAUUUUAAAAACUACAUGGUACUCAAGGCUGUUGUGGACUUAACAGGUUCUUCACCCUUCCGCUUGGUACAGGUUUUGGGUUCAGAACAACAUCGAAAAAUUCUUUUAUAAUUGCUUGACGAAAUUCAUCUUUAAAAAUAUACGAUAAUCUCAGAAAUUCGCAAUACAUAAAUAAUUCCGAUCAUUAAUGUAAGGGUAAAAUUUAAUGGGCCCUGAGAUUAUCUUAAAUCGUCAGGUAAAAAUGUCUUAAUUUAUCUUAUCUUAAUUUACCCUGAGUUUAAAAUUUUUAAAUGCCGAAAUGUCUUAAUACAGCCUGGUAAAAAAAUCGGUAGUUUAUAAAUGUAAGACGUAGAAACGGAUAUAUUUACAAAUCAAAGUAAUAUCAAACCAAAGCAAUAUCAAACCAAAGCCUGUGGAAAGCUUGUUAUUUGUCAGUGUGAAAUAUUAAAGCUAUUUUUGACAAUCUUGCAGUCAAACAAACUAAUUUUUAUGUAAUUUAAAACGAAUUAAAAAAAUGUUUUUCAUAAAUACAUCUUUUGGGGAUCUAAGCAAUUAAACAUUUUACAUAAAGUCUGAAAGUCUUCUUGAAAGUCUGUACAUUAGAAAAACGUCUGACGUCCUGAAUCAAGAGUCUUGAUUCAAGACCACAUGAACCUGAAUCCUAUCUGGGUUUCACUAUUGUUACCCCUAAUCAAGCGCCCCUGACAACGAUAUCGUUUUUUGAAUUACAAAAAUAUUAUGUGAUAAGAUGUUUUUGGUCAGGAUGACUUAAAACAAUUUACUCUAGGGGUGAGGCCGUAGCUGGGUCAACGAAAGAAUUUUUAACUAUUUUGUAAUUGCUGGCUAAUUUCUAGAAUUGAGUGUGUGUAGCCCGAGUCAUAGUUACCCAAAGUUGUGUUACAUAUUUAAUUUCUGCGAGUAAACAGACAAACAGAGGAACGGACAAGCAGUUACAUAAGGCUGGGUAGCCGCUGCUACCCAACAAUUAAAAAUAAUUAAAAAAAUAAGUUUGUUGAGUUACGGCCGAACCCAGAAACACCGGCCGUAGCCGUUAGUGAUUGAAGAAUCCUGGUUUUUGGUGAAAUAAAUCAUGUUUUUCGCUUUCUAAAAUUGUCCCUGAAGAUGAUACAAGUGAGUAUCGAAAGCUCGGAAUAAAUAUAUCUGUAUUACAACAACCAUGUCGUCUGAUAAAUCUAAUACAAAUUUUUCAUAAAGAUUUAGGGUUUUUAAGAACAUAAUCAACCGGACACUGGUAAUAAGACCCAUCACUGAUAAGAAAUUUUCACAGAUUUAUGAUAUGCAAAAUGAGAGGCUACUUCCAUUUAACGGGAGGGAAAAUUUAGAGGAUUAAGAGGUUGCUUUCCAUUUAGGUCACUUCUUAAAUAUUCGGAGGGUAAUUCCCAUUGUUUUGGAGAGACAUUAAAUUACUUCCCUUAUUUAAAUGUAAAAUCCAAACUGUAAAAACAGAGUUCUAUGUAUACACGACAAGAA